UAUAUUAAAGAAACACAUGACAAAAAUUGAAAAAGGAGUACACAAUCUCCCAAGGCAAAAUGAUUUAUAUGACUAACUAACCAUAAGCAAAAGAACAACAACUUAUCAGCCAAACUCAAACAGUGGUCUCUUUCUUGUGCAGUAAUCAAAACCAUUUUCCAAGCGUCAUUCAUGGCGUCAUUUCGGAGAGCUUUUUCCUCUUCCUCUCAAUUCCUCAACACCAAAGACACUACCCUUUCUCGCCUUUCCGAGCACCGCAAACUUGAAGAAAUCGUUGAUGUUUUAUGUCAACAGAAGCGUCUCAAGGAAGCCGUUGAUUUCCUCCACCGCAUUCACCAACCCUCUCCUCGUCUUUACUCCAAUCUCAUUGCCGCUUGUCUUCACCAUCGAUCUCUUGAAUUAGGUAGGAAGGUCCAUGCUCACACCAAAGCUUCUAACUUUAUUCCCGGCAUUUUCAUUUCCAAUCGUUUGCUUCAUAUGUAUGUCAAAUGUGGGGGACUUAUCGAUGCCCAGAGCCUGUUUGAUGAAAUGUCUCAAAAGGAUUUGUGUUCUUGGAAUACCAUGAUUGCUGGUUAUGCUAAUCUUGGUCAUCUUGAACAAGCUAGGAAACUGUUUGAUGAAAUGCCUCAGAGAGAUAACUUCUCUUGGAACGCUGCUAUAUCUGGUUAUGUUAGCCAUCAUCGACAUAGGGAAGCUCUUGAUUUGUUUAGAACGAUGCAGGAGCAUGAGAGUUCCAAUUCUAAUAUGUUUACUUUGUCUAGUGCUUUGGCAGCGGCAGCAGCUAUUCGGAGUUUGCGUCUUGGGAAGGAAAUUCAUGGUUAUUUAGUAAGGACUGAGUUGAAUUUGGAUGAGGUGGUUUGGAGUGCUCUUUUGGAUUUGUACGGUAAAUGUGGGAGCUUAGAUGAAGCUAGGGGUAUUUUUGAUCAGAUGGUGGAUAGAGAUGUUGUUUCUUGGACUACCAUGAUUCAUAGAUACUUUGAAGAUGGAAGAAAGGAAGGGGGGCUUUCCUUGUUCAGAAAUUUGAUGGGGUCGGGUGUUAGACCAAAUGAGUAUACGUUUGCCGGUGUUUUAAAUGCGUGUGCUGAUCUUGCUAUUGAACGCAUUGGAAAGGAGGUUCACGGGUACAUGAUACGAGUAGGGUACAACCCAUGUUCGUUUGCUGCAAGUGCUCUCGUUCAUUUGUACUCAAAGUGUGGGAACACUGAAAUUGCAAGAAGGGUGUUCAACAAGAUGCCUCGUCCGGAUUUGGUAUCAUGUACUUCUCUAAUUGUUGGGUAUGCUCAGAAUGGUCAACCCGACAUGGCUCUUAAUUUCUUCGAAUUGCUACUUCGGUCGGGUACAAAGCCUGAUGAAAUUACCUUUGUUGGGGUUCUUUCCGCAUGUACUCAUGCUGGAUUAGUGGAUAAAGGGUUGGAGUAUUUCCAUUCAGUAAAGGAGAAGCACGGCUUGAUGCAUACUGCAGAUCAUUAUGCAUGCGUUAUUGAUUUAUUGGCACGAUCUGGACGAUUCAAAGAGGCAGAAAAUAUCAUUGAUAACAUGCCCAUGAAGCCUGAUAAAUUCCUCUGGGCAUCCUUACUUGGAGGAUGUAGAAUACACGGGAACAUUGAACUAGCUGAAAGAGCAGCAAAAGCAUUAUUUGAGAUAGAACCAGAAAAUCCAGCUACCUAUAUCACCCUUGCUAAUAUUUAUGCUAAUGCCGGUUUGUGGACUAAGGUAGCCAAGGUUAGAAAGGAUAUGGAAAAUAGGGGAAUAGUAAAGAAGCCAGGUAAGAGCUGGAUUGAGAUUAAAAGACAAGUCCACGUGUUCCUAGUAGGGGAUAAAUCCCACCCCAAAACAAGUGAUAUUCAUGAAUUCUUAGGAGAACUCUCGACGAAAAUGAAGGAAGAAGGGUAUGUUCCAGACACAAACUUUGUGCUACAUGAUGUGGAAGAGGAGCAGAAAGAGCAAAACCUUUUUUACCACAGUGAGAAGCUUGCUGUUGCCUUUGGAAUCAUUUCAACUCCACCAGGAACUCCAAUCAAGGUUUUUAAAAAUUUAAGAACUUGUGUAGACUGUCACACUGCUAUGAAAUAUAUAUCAAAGAUUGUUCAAAGAAAAAUAAUAGUGAGAGAUUCAAAUAGGUUUCAUUGUUUUGAGGAUGGAAGUUGCUCGUGCAGAGACUAUUGGUAGUAGUGCACUACACAACAUUAGCAGCUUUGUUUAGCAUUAAUACAUUGGUACUUUCAGUGUAUUAUCAAUGUGGAAGAAAACACAGUCUUACAGUUGCAUUGAUCAACUUCAUUUGCCUUCUUUCGCUUUCAUUCGAAUGCCGAUUGUUGGAAAGCUGUACUCUCAGUCUCACCUGAGGUAGGAAGAAUGGUUAUGUAGGAACAUGCUGGUAGAGGUCAUGGUUGGUUAAUGGUUAUUCACCUUUGGUAGUGGGAAAAAAAGAGCAUAGUGCAUGUCAUCCCUUGCUGAAAGUGAAUGGGACUUCGAGCAUGCAUUUCAAUGGAUGAUGAUGAGCGUGCUUAGUGGG